AUGGACUUCCCUGGCGGCGCAAACACCAACAUACAUCUUAUUGAUGGAUUCUCCAAUAUUUACUGGAGAAUAUACACGGAAGAAGCUGGUAUCGCAAAUAAUCCACAAGAAGGCCCCGCCAAUGGCUACACUAUUCUCAAGCACUUGAGUCGCCUUAAAGAUUUAGAGGCUCGAUUAAGACUUUUGAAUUGCCUCGCGUCAUGCCCAAGGCGCCUGGGACUUUGGGUUUUCUCCCCUACUCCCGAGUUCGAAAGCCUGCAGCCUUUGUAUGUGAGGGGAAGUGACGCAGAAUCAAAUAAAAUCCUCGUCGGUACAACAACUUUGAAAGUCUCUGCGUUGGGAAGUGUCUCCUCGGUGGACUUGGUGAAAGGUCUGUCGUCCGACAAUCAGAGUCAGCACAGUACCCAACCCGCUGGGCAGCCACGAUCAAAUCAGAGCCAACCAUCAUCUCGGCGUCAAGACGGUUACAGCAGUUCAGCGGCCAUUUAUGCCUCCUUCAUAUCUGCUGUCACUGGUUCAAUCGGCCUCCAGUUGAUUCGUCGCCAUGCUGCUCUACCCCUCGGAUCACGUACUCUUUUCACUGCCGUCGAAAAAUCGGGAUACGACAGUCCCCAUAUCGACAAUGACAGUGUUCUAUCCUCUUCUUGCUUAACUACACUCAACAUCCAGCUAACUAUGAGUGGGACAAUAACCGUUUCCACCCAGACUAUAUCCCAAACGGGCAUUACGCGACUAUGCAGUCCACACGAGAAUAUCUCUGAAAUAAUUGACGUGCGGCCUGGAAUUGAUCUUUGGCUAUGCCCGAACGGUACUAUCGCUAGGCUUGUCACGGCUAAUAUUGACUCGCCAACCGUUCCCCCUUUGGGCUACCCCACAUCUAGCAACCUAUCUGCAAAAAGAAUACAGUGGAAAUUGGAUGUUGUGCAAUGGCUGCGGAAUUUUGGUAUGCACGUUGGCGCAAUUGACGAAGAACCCUGGGUGGAAGUGGAGGUUUGGGAGCCAUUUUUCGCCAGGCUUGCCGGGGAAGCAUGGCGACAGAGUGAUGAUAGUCAAUCCGCACUGCCGUUGAAAUGCAUGCUAUGGCCAGCGAGAUUCUGCUUCAAAAGGGCUAGCUCAUCAAAUUUCUCUUCCGGGGCUCAAGGUUCCCUUCUUGACGAACCUCUAGAUUUUGCAGAGCAAUGGUCCUCAAUGACGAGUUCUCUCAAGCUAGACCAUAUUUCCAAUACUGCUCAAAACACCCCUAUCACUCAAGACCCACGGCCAAAAGACCAAGAAAUGUCAUCGCCACCCAAGGUCGAAACGCUGGAAAGCAUAGAGAGUUUAUCCCGAAUUGCGCAAUAUCCCGAUUUGCAAAGCAUGAAUCUUGUUUACCCAACUCCUCCAGAUGGAGCUGCAGCGGUUGGAUUGAACAACCCAAACCCUUCUGACCCUUUCGCUGAGGACUCUGACUUUGGACAACCCCAUACAAUACAACGAAGUUCAAGAAGAAAUGCACCAGGAUCUGAUAUAUCACCCGUUCAAAAUACUGGCCUUGGUGUUGGCACUGGUCGAUAUGAUGCAAGCGAUGAAGAAGACCUCUUCGGAGAAAUGAAUGAAAGAGAUUUUGGGUCGAAAGGUAUCACCGAUGCGGACUUCAGCUUUUUUGAUGACCCUGAUUUCGAUGGUAUGGACGGUGACUCUCGUGUAGAGGAUGCAGAUGGAACUCUUGGAGCAUCUCAUCCUCGGAGCGAAUCGGAGGCCGAGGCCAUGGUUGAUGAAGAACCCUCCCCUAAUCAGCCACGGGAAGUCCCGACUCAUGUCGAAACACAUGAGGUACAGGCAUCUCCGAUACACCACGAAGCCCCACAUCUAUCUGAAGGGCCUAUGGCCCCCGAAGAACAAACUCAUACGCCUAUUGAUCGCGCAGGUCAAACAAUCAGUCCGCCCUUGAGUCCGGUAGAAGUGAAAAAGAUAUUGUUUCCGGGGCCCGAUGGAGAGGAGCAUCAACAGUCUACAGAUAACCGCGGGCAAGGGCAUUACCACCCAGUGGCCUUCAAAAAGAAACUCAGUGAUUGGGACCAGAAGUACGGAGCAACUGGCAAAUUCUGGUUCUCUGGUGGUGGCUCAUUGGACACGCUAGAUCAAACAUCUGCCAUACCCAUAAUUGGCAUUCCUCACCGUGACCGAAGCAGCGCCAACGCACCUGGCUCCUCAAAAGAACGCAACAGAGCCAGUCUAUCUCUAAUUCAGUCAGAAAAUGGUCUACGAUCAGCAUCGGUGAGCAGUGACAGCAGCGACGACAGUAUCGAGAUCAUGUCUGAGCACGUUCCAACUCCGGCGGCCAUCCCCUUAAUGCCGUCUUUGAAGCGCAAACGAGCUCCUUCGGAAUCUGAUAUAGUGUCAGUUGCAUCCCAAGAGAAGUCAGUGGUCGGCACAGAAGCAAGUUCUGCAUACGCAGCCGAGAACUCUACGUUCCUCGGCAAUUUUCUAGCUAAUUUUUCUGAUUGGACCUUAACUGGUUAUUUCUCUGCGUUUCCACCUCAGCAACUCCCUGUACUUCCUCGUCGUGAAGGUCAGCUUGAAAUUGCGCAACUGCUGGUCGACCAAAUAACGCAAUCCUCCCUUAAGCAUCCGCUUGAUGGGCAAAUCGGUCUUUUUGAUCUCGAAAGCCAGUCUCUGCCACUGCAAAUUCUCGACGAGACAAACCUCUUGGGCGAGACCUCGAAAUUGGACUUCAAAAGAUACACUUCAUUGCAGGACGAAUUUGUUGCGAAUCAGACGCAACAGCAACCAUCACAGCACCCCCCGCCGCCCAAAGACACCCCUAGGAGCUUCAUUUCAAAGUUAUCGGCUCCUCACGUACGUGUACGUCGAGGCAAAGAAUACUUAGAGGCUCUUCCCCCGGCUAUAUCGUUUUGGGAAACAUUUGGUCUUGAGCCUGCUCAUGGACCAAAGAACAUUUCUGCUUAUUGUAUUCACCCACAAGCUGCGUCAGAAGCAGCAGAUGUGUUCUUGAGACGGUUUGGUCUUCUCUACCAAAGUUGCAACUUUGGAACCCAUACCAGAGGAGAAGAUUCUGUGGCAUUUGAAGACGGGCUGAAGCCUUGGCGAUCUGAAACAUCUAGUUAUGAAUCGAUGAUGCAAGUACUAAAGAGAACUUGCGAGCAACUUGGCUCGGAGCUCUCGCAAUCGCCAGCGACUGCUGAUAACCAUGUUGUCUAUAUCAUCAACCCGUUUACGCACGCUGCGGCAUUAGCAGACAUUUGUUCCGCCUUCUGGCACCUUUUCCAGCAAUUGAUAGCCGGUUCUGAGCGAAGACAGACUCGAAAUGCCACAGAGCUUGUUCUACAGAUAAUUCCGCUGGAAUUCAUCAUGUCGAGCGAAACGAUGGUUAUACCUUUCCAGGCGGAUUAUUUGAAUUUAGCCCUAGAGGUCUACAGCCGGUGUCGCCCAAAUGAUGGGAAUAGGAGCCCUCUGCUCUGCGCGCCACCAAUGCUUCUAGCCGACGCUCUCCCGAGAGCCAUUAGUUUCCGACUUGCCCCUGAAAGAUCCUCGCCGCUUCAAGAUGGGCGAAGUCUUCAUAUUGCCUACUCCAAAAGCCUUGAUCAACGCUGGAUAUCAGUGGCAUGGACUGAUUUGCCAGGUUCUAUACAAAGGACCAUGUCUUACUGCCUGCGGUAUCGUCAUUCAGGCGGUUCCAGACCGAUUUCCGAGGUAAGAAAUGAAAUCUGGGCUACGACAAAACACAUUAUGGAGAAAUUCCAAGCACGAUGGAAAGUUCAUCUGGCGACCACCGAACCUAUGGAAACCGAUGAGAUUGAAGCAUGGGCUAGUCUAGCAGACCACCACAAUAAGUCCAAACCUGGGUCCUUGGAAUUGACUAUCCUGGCUGUCAACACAGUUCCCGACUUGAUUCUUGAGCCACCAGUUCCACCGAUAUCAAUGGCUAUGCUGAAUAUACUGUCCUCAUCUACACCUGUGUCGACUCCUAAUCCAAGUGCCAGCGUUGCAUCUCCCGAACAAUCGGGCAACGCAGCCACUCCGACCAGCGCUGGUCCUGUCGCGUACAGUGCCCCCACACCAACGGACACAUCACUGGAAACAGAUUCAGAAGCCAUACUUACUGAUAUCUGUGAUGAUUCCUGGCUAGCUAUCCUAUCACACCGACUCAACAGCUCUCCCCACCUCACCGAAUUCCGACCCGCCCUAUCCAGCGGGUAUCUCCUCCGCCGCAAAGGCGCUACUGAUGGCGACGGCGUGUUUUCCAUCUCUGUCAAUCUCAUCUAUUCCCCGCGUCCUCCCGCAUCCCACGACAUUGUCCUGAAGGAUACCUUAAGUAUGUAUCGGGACAUAGGCUGCCUUGCCCGGGCCAAGGGCAUAUGCAGUGUACAAAAUAACACACUGCCUUGGCAUGUGGCUACAGCUCUUCGCGCGCAAGAGCUUUUGAGUUAUGUUUUUUGA